GCCGCCAUCUUAGAGGCGGGCGGAAAGGGCCGGGCGGCCGCGGGGGAAGGGACGUGGCCGCGGCGCAGCCAUGGCGGCCGCCAAGCCCGGGGCGGGCGGCACCGGCACCACCACCACCACCAACCUGCUCUUCUCUUCCUCCGCCACCGAGUUCAGCUUCACCGUGCCCUUCAUUCCAGUCAGCCAGGCGCCGGCCGUGCCGCCGGGCCCCGCGCUGCUGGCGGCCGAUGAUUCUGCAGACGUUGGUGAAGAGGACAGCUUCUUGGGUCAGACUUCUGCCAGCCCCAACCCGCCACAGACCUUCAGCUAUUUCUCCCAAGUCCCCAGUAGCAGCGAUCCAUUCGGAAGUAUUGGGCAGCCACCCUUAACAACUGUUGCACCGCCUGUUGGAGGACCAGCCUUCUCCAGGCCUCCACCUUCACUUCCACAUGGGUCACAGGAUGGGCAAAACGCCUUCUCCCCACUCCUUCCCGGGACGCAGUCCUCUCACGCUGCGCCACCUGCUUCCCAGGUUGGGAUCGCGGCCUAUCAGACUCCUCAGCAGAGCUGUCCCCCGCCUGCAAAUGCCUCUGCUUUUCCCCAGGGAACAUCUCAGCAGGGAUAUAACCCCUACCGGCACACCACGCUGAGCAGCAGAGCUAACCCCUACCUCACUCCACCGCAGCUGCAGCAGAGUCACGCGCCUGCUCCCCCCCCGUCCUGUGUACCACCGGUCCAGAUGUAUCAGACACCUCCAGGGGCAUUGACACAGUUUCCACAGUCUCAGUCACAGCUCCCAGCUACCAGGCCUGCGGGUCCACUGGUCCAGGCACCUCCUGUUUUGCUGCAGAACCAAUAUGAGCCAGUUCAGCCCCACUGGUUCUUCUGUAAGGAGGUGGAGGACAAGCAGAUAUGGAUGCCAUUCAGCAUUCUGGAUUCUGCAAAGCUAGAGGAAGUCUAUAAUUCUGUCCAGCCUGAUCCUGAGAGCGUGGUGCUGAGCACUGAUGGGGGACGCUAUGAUGUGUUCCUGUAUGACAGAGUAAGGAAAGCAGUUUACUGGGAAGAGGAGCCUUCUGAAGUGAGACGCUGCAUGUGGUUUUAUAAAGGAGACAAGGACAGUCGGUUUAUUCCUUACACUGAGGACUUCAGUGAUAAGCUAGAGGCAGAAUAUAAAAGGGCUGUAACUACAAAUCAAUGGCAUCGACGACUUGAAUUCCCAAACGGGGAGACAAUUGUUAUGCAUAAUCCCAAGGUCAUAGUUCAGUUCCAACCUUCUGCCACACCAGAUGAAUGGGGCACCACUCAAGAUGGUCAGGCAAGACCGAGGGUAGUGAAGCGUGGAAUUGAUGAUGACCACGAUGAAAUUCCUGAUGGAGAAAUGUCCCAGAUUGACCAUCUGGUAUUUAUGGUUCAUGGCAUAGGUCCUGUAUGUGACUUGAGAUUUAGAAGCAUUGUUGAAUGUGUUGAUGAUUUUAGGACUGUUUCUCUGAAGUUGUUGCAGACUCACUUUAAGAAAUCUUUAGAGGAACGUAAAGUGAGCAGGGUGGAAUUCCUCCCUGUUCACUGGCAUAGUUCUCUGCAUGGAGAUGCAACAGGGGUAGACAGGAACAUAAAAAAAAUCACGUUGCCGAGCAUCGGGCGCCUGCGGCACUUCACCAAUGAAACGCUCCUGGACAUCCUGUUUUACAACAGCCCCACCUACUGCCAGACCAUCGUGGAUAAAGUGGGGCUGGAAAUGAACCGUUUGUAUGCCCUGUUCAUGAGUCGCAACCCCGACUUCAAAGGAGGAGUCUCUGUGGCUGGGCACAGUUUAGGUUCCUUAAUUCUGUUUGACAUAUUGUCAAACCAGAAGGACUUGGCUUCGUCAGUAGAUACUGGACCAUUCUCUGGAGUUAAUGGGACUGUAAAGGACGUGGCUGUUCAUGAUAAACAGAUAACUGAAGAUACCAGUUCCCUGGGCUCCUCAGUCACUACUUCUGGUGAUGAUCUUUGUGAGCCUGAAGUAGAUGAUGAUGUUCCUACUUUGCAGAAGACUCUGGAGAUGCUUAGCUUGUCGGAGUAUGCAAACGUAUUUGAAAAGGAGAAAAUAGACAUGGAGUCUCUGGUCAUGUGUACAGUUGAUGACCUGAAGGAAAUGGGGAUACCUCUUGGACCAAGAAAGAAAAUAGCUAAUUUUGUGAAAGAUAGAGCAGCCAAGCAGGAACAAAAGAAAGCAGUAGCUGAAAAGAAAGCAGUGCUGGCUGCCACACUCCAAACUCAAGAAGAUGCCCAGAAAGCAAAAGAGUCUUCUGUCUCCCCUUCAGAGUCUGGUCAGCUGCACUCAAAGAGGAAGCUUCCAGUUGGUGCAUCUGUUUCUUCUGUGAACAUUGACUAUCAGUAUUUUGAAGUUGGAACUGGCCAGGUUUCUGUGGUUUACAGUGCAUUGGACUUUGAGCCAGAUAUUUUCUUUGCUCUUGGUUCUCCUAUUGGUGUGUUUCUUACUGUGAGAGGUGUGGAGAAGAUUGAUGAAAACUACAGGCUUCCUACCUGCAAGGGCUUCUUCAAUAUUUAUCAUCCACUUGAUCCAGUAGCUUACAGAUUAGAACCAAUGAUCAUUGAAGACAUGGAUUUAAAACCAGUUCUUAUUCCACAUCAUAAAGGCAGAAAAAGACUUCAUCUGGAGUUGAAAGACUCUCUCUCUCGUAUGGGAUCUGAUCUGAAACAGGGUUUUAUUAGCUCUUUGAAGAGUGCAUGGCAGACCCUUAAUGAAUUUGCACGUGCUCAUACAUCUUCAACUCAGCUACAAGCAGAACUGGAGAAAGUAGCUCACCAAAUUAAAGAGGAGGAGGAAAAGCAAGUGGUAGAAGCUGAGAAGAUCACUGAAAGUCCAGACCCUCCAAAAGAUGAAGAUUUUUUAGGGAGGGUUGGAAUGCUAAAUGGAGGACGUCGUAUUGAUUAUGUUCUGCAAGAAAAACCAAUAGAAAGCUUCAAUGAAUACCUUUUUGCUCUACAGAGUCAUUUGUGCUACUGGGGCUCUGAAGACACUGCCUUGCUGUUUCUCAAAGAAAUAUACAGGACUAUGAAUAUAAAUCCUGAACAGCCACAACAUUGAUGUAUAGAUGCAUAAAUUUCUGCAGCUGUUGCUCCAGCAGACCUGGUGAAAAAUGCUCCGAAGAACAUCUAGUAUUUUCAGAGUGAUGAUGAUGAAGGUAACUGCUGAUGAAAAUACCAGAUGACAGGAUAAGCAUCAGACUUUUUUUCUACCAGCCCAGAACUUGCUCCGAUUCUACCUUCAUGUGUCACUUCAAGCAAACUUUUAAAUUUUGAGGUGGUCAGCACUGUCAUUCAAGAGAUGGAAGGAAUGACACAAUUUUGAUAUUAAAUCAGCUUAAUUGUACAGUUGCCAAUCUCAAGUGAUUGCCAAGGAAGGUUUUGUUGGCAUGCAGAUCAUUACUUCUCUCCUUUAGCUAUCCUAUCUCAGCUGGCUGUCAAACAUGCUUUGUCUAUCAAGACAGUGUCCUUAUGAAAAAAACUGGAGAAACAGCAGCAGUCUGCUUUUCUUGACACAUCUGUUGGGCCACCUUUUAAAAAAUAAAUGUCUUGAAUACAUAAACCAGUUCAUAUUUACUAAAAACUAGCAAUCAGAAUAAUUUUCUUACUAUUGUAAGUGUGAUGGAGAUUAUUUUAUAAAGACUUUUUUAAGCCUCUGUUAAGAGUUCUUCUGUGAGUUGGUUUGUUGUUUUUUUUUAAAGUAAAAAGAAACCUUUGACUCUGAAAAUGUUAAAAGUUUGUUACAUUUCACAUGUCCUGAAAUGAAGAUCAAUUUAAAAAUAAUACUUUGGUCUGAUAAUUAAGGUAAUUUUAGUGCAACUAGGCUGCGUUUGUGAGAACUAAAAUAUUUACCCUGACCUUACACUUUAAUAUCUCAAAUCAGUAAAUGUAAAUAGAUGAUCCUGAAACUUAUGGGUACUAGAUAAUAAUCUAGAUUCAGAUCCACAAUCCAGACUCUUGUUUCCAUGUAAUGAAAUUGAGAUGGGUUGGCUACUGUGAAAUCCUAUGAGUCCAUGUCUCUGAAUACUGAGCUUCUGUGGCUUUAUUCUGGCUUCAAUUUACAUGCAAAUUGUCAUUUCUUAAUUCUAGUGACUUAACCUUACUACUGACUAUUUGCCUCUGUUAUUGCAGUAAAUGAAUUUUGAAAUGCAGUAUGGGGUUUUUUUUUUCUUGAUAUAUGUAGAAUACACAUUAUUGUGUAUAUAUUUUGGUUAUUAUAAUUAAAAAUACUUUGCUUCCAGUGGGUCUUUACAACAAAGUUUUGUAUUUCAUCACAGAAAGUAGGUUGGAAGGGACCUCUGGAGAGGUUACGUAGUCCAACUGCCCUGCUUAAGGCAGGGUUAGGGCUUUGUUCAAGGAUGGAGAUCCUUCACCUCUCUAAAUCCUGUUCUAAUGUUUGACUACUAUGAUUGCAGUAUUUUUUCCAAUAUACAGCUGGAAUUUCCCAGAUGGAGCUUGUGUAUAUGUGUGUGUCCUCUUGUCCUUUAUCUGUGCAUCCUCAAGAAUAAUGUCUCUGACUUCUCUUGUACUCUCACCUUAGAUAGUUGAGGACAAGGAUAAGAUUUUCCUGUUAGGCUUCUCAAGACCAAAUGCUUUCUUGACAUCUUCUCACUGCCUCCCUGUAGUCACUACACCUUGGGAUUUACAAACUACUUGCUGUAGUUAAUCCAAGUCCAUCUCUUUCUGGGGAGCAAGUUUGCCAAAGGAAACUUUUUAUCCAAAAAUAACUGUAUUUGUAUCUUUAUAAAUUAACCUCUGAGGACCAUGUUUUCUAAGCUUUAUGUCUACUUUAUUAGCUAGAAUACAAAUAAUAUAUUAAAGAAAUAUAAAAUAAAAACCAGCAAACCACAA